AUGCACUUGGCAGGGGGGCCGCGUGUGCACGCGCUGCGCAGCGCUCCAAUCGUAAUUUCGGGUCUCAUCUCAUCUCGCCUGCCUCGCCUGUGCUCAGCCCAGCCCAGCCCACCAGAGACAAGGCAGGGCUGGAAAAUCGCCGCUUCCGCUGCCGCUGGCCAAACUGAAAUCCGAGGUGCUCCUUCAUUCAUCUCACCGUUCGCCAUCUCACCCGACCAGCCCGCUGCUAGCGCUUCUGUAUCCCCCCCAUCCGCGCCCGCCAUUCCAUCACACCUCCGGCGUCCUGGACAUUGCUCCUCCCUCCUUCGGCCCGCUGCCCCUCCGCCCGUCAGCGCCGAUUGCCGAUCCCGCUCCGGUACGUACCUUCCUCCUGCCUGUCACCGAAGCUUGUUUGGCUCGCUUUGCAUUGCGUUUGCGUAUGAUCGUCCGCUCCCCUCCUCGUCCUCAUCCGCCGCAUUGCCGCCGCCGCCGCCCCGCCACAUGCAUCCGUCCCCAUCCGCCUGCUGCCUUGCGUCCGCUGUGCCCCUUCCUCCCGCCCCCCCCGUGAGCUCGGGUGGCAUGAACCCACAUGCGCCGCUGCCCCUUCAUGCGUACCGAUGGUGUGGAUGCGGCGACCAUCGUGGCUACGCACCUCCCUGUCCCUCUUCCGCUCGUCCUGUCCCUCGUGCCUGCGUCCCUCUUGACGGCUUCCCAUGCCCUCCGCCCCCUUCGCUUCGGCCGACGGUGCCCGGGGGCGGGCAGUCCAUGUCGCUGUCGGCUCCCUCCCUCUCCUGCUGCUAUCGGCUCUGUGUGCGCGAGUGUGUGCGGUCCCCCCUCCCCUUCUCGCUCGGCGGUCUCCGACCCGCUUCUGCCGGCCGGGGUGGUGGCAUCCAUGAUGCCUUCCACAAGCUGUCAGAUGUCGUCCCGCAGACUGUCACGUUGGGCAUUGUCGUGCCUCCGCUCGAUCUGUCCGCACGUCAUCACACCGGCCCAUGGCUUCCGUCGCCUCGUCCUGAAGCCCGGGCACGCCUUGCCGCUUCGAUCCUGGCAUCUUUGCAGACCACUCUUGCCGGUCCUUUCGAACGGCAACGAGCUCUGACAUUGUGUCCUGGCACCGGCUGGCGGGAUGUGACCAUGGCUCCCUUGCGCUUGACGAAAGAACGCACGACUGUGCUCGUCGAACUGCUCACUGACACGCAAACCUUGUCUUGCUCCAUGAUCGUAACGCAGACGUCUACCUCGGGUCCGUCCCAAGCUCAGGCUGGUGCCGAGCGAGCUCAUCCAAGUCGCUCAGGAAGGGCUUCUCACACGACCAUCGGCCAGCAGCAGGGCUUCCCUGCCGCUGCUCAGCCCAACGCAGGUCAAAUGGGUAUGCCGACAGCCAGCAAUCCUCCAGCACCCGCUGGAGCACAGAUGCAGAACGCUGCCAACGUAUUUCAGGUGAGUCCUACGAGCUACCGCCCUCCCCACCAUCUCAAGCGCUCAGAACGAGGCGCCGGUGCAACUGGCUCGAAAGGCGGGGUGGACAUGAUGCGAAUCGGCCCGAUCCAGCUCGAUUCAUCUUGA